AUGUCAUCUGAACCACUAGGCAGCCUCGAUGAGUUCUUCGACUUCGCACGCCUGGAUGAUGAAUGUAAUGCGGUAGCGUUUGUUGGUGAUGAGCAAGAGCUAGGGCACGGGCUAUUACCCCAGGAUACCCCGGAUUUCAACGUCGAUGGAAUGGACUGGCAGCCCGCCGGACUUCAUCAAUCAGCGACCCUCGAAACAUCUAUUCCUAUUCCCCUGGACCCGGGACCGUUCGAUGGAAACGGUUGGGAGGUUCCAAUAUUCUCACCAAACCCGACCCCGGGGAUCCCGUACCAGGCUGAUAGCCAUUUCGACAAUGCCAUAGAUCACAUGGACAUGAAUGUACAGACCGAGACUACGUCAAUACCCCCAACAACGGAUGUGUCUGAUUCGUCAUUUCCAAUACAGAAUGACAUUUAUGACACGACUGUCACCCCUGCUGCUCACGACCAACAGCAGAACGUCGCCAAACCGGACCCCCCUCGCGAAGGACUCAGUCGGCAAGCAUCGACCAGCAGCCGCACGACCAGCGUGAGAUUUGGGUCUGCCGCGAGUGCGCGCACACCCGCAUCUGCUAAGCGGAAAGGUCCAAAUACCCGAAUCCCUCUGGAGGCUAGACAGCUAUUGGAGGAUGAGUUCGCCACUAAUGCUUACCCAUGUUCGUGGGAGAUAGACAUCAUCGCGCAUCAAGCUGGGCUGGAAGCCAAGAAGGUCCGGAAUUGGUUCAACAAUGCGAGGGCGAGGAAGAAGGGAACUGUUACCGAGGAGACGGCGGCGGAUUUGCCAGAUGAGAGUGUACACUCCUUGGCGACAAAGCUUUCCGUGGAGAGCCUAGAGACACUGGAGUUGGAGGUCGAAAGGGGUGUUAUCUCCCCGCAGCCGCCACUGGCUGUUUAUCUCGCUUCAUCUUACCGAGAAGAAGCCGCUGAUCUGGCUGCUAUCCAGGCCGCCAUCAACAGUGGUCCCCCCAGCAGUCGGGGUGACACUUUUAUGGAUUCAUCGUCUGGGUCGAGAGUAGCUCGAUCGGGCUCUGUUAUCACCUCGGUUUCAUCGGAUGGAUCUGCACCGACGACGACAUACACCUUGUCAUCCAAGGGAAGCAAUGUCUCCUCCUUCGGGCGUGAUCGCCGACGCGGUCGCCGACGAAUGACAUGGCGCAAUUCGCCCUACAGCAGGGCGAAAGUGAACGGCGUCGAUGACUCCGGAACACCUAUGCAAGGCUUACCUUUCUUCUGUACCUUCUGCCCACGUGCUUUCAAAACGAAGUAUGAGUGGAUUCGUCACGAAGACUCUGUCCACGCCUUGCGGACAACAUGGAUCUGCUGUAACACUCGCGAAGAUUCGUUCCAGUAUUGCCCCUUCUGCGGCCAGAAGCAUCCUGACGAGGUACACAUGGCCUCACACAAGUACCAGCAAUGCAGGAAUAAGCCGGAGACUCAACGUACCUUUUACCGGAGAGACCACUUCGUCCAGCAUCUGCAUCAUGUCCAUUUUCAAAACAUGAAACACCCCACAGCGCGCCUGGGCUGUCAGUCUAAGUUAACUGCAAGUGAAGGCCAUGACUAUGGCUGCAAGGACUUGGCGAUGAAGUGGAGACGCUUUGGUGCUCCCAUGAGGGCAGACGACCCUAUGCUUCACUGCGGAUUCUGUGGUAACAAAGCGGAGGACUGGAAUGCACGAUGCAAUCAUGUUGCUGAUCACCUCAUCGCCGGAGGCUUCGAUCGGUCGACGUGGUGGUCAGAUCGACAAGAGAAUCAUCUGGAAAACCUGUGCGCCUCGCAGGCCGUUGGUCCGUUUCGAUGCCGAUAUUGUCGAAAGGUCUUCGCGAAUGCUGGCGCACGAGACAACCACACGCACUGUAGAGUCUGGUCUUGUCGAUUUCUUCGAACAUUCGACGACAUUGCUUCCGAAAACACUGCGCCUCCACUGUGUCCUCAGUUCCCAUCUCCAAAAGCGCAUCAUUGCCACAUGUGCGGCGCAGGAUAUCGAAGCUCCCACGUCGAGCACGCCCAACAGUACCACAAAUACCGACAAUGCAAGCAAAAGCUGUACACGUCGGAAAGCGAGUUCCUCCAGCACUUGCACGAGUUCCAUGGCGCUUCCCAUCCCGUCCUCCUGCAGUCGAACACGGUCCUCGAGCAACACUUUUCUCGCAACAAGGGCGCUUCUUUCGAACCUGUAGAGUUCAACGAGCUUCUACAGGGCUGUAGAGUUGGAGCCCCAUCGGAAUGCUUCGUCGAUCCAUGCUACUUUGAUGAGCAGAGUAUGUCGACUACUUCUCCCAUCGAUCAUCAGGAACCUGUCUUCACGAACGCCGCAAGGCCUAUCACUCCUCACCGCAGGAAAUCUCACACCAAACCGGCCCUUGUAACCCGCAAAUCCUCCUCGCAGCAAAGCUCCCUCUCCAGGCUCCGACACGCAUCAAUCUCAUCCUCUUUAGCGCCUAAACCAUCCAACAGCCGCAGCAACAGCAACGGCAACAGCAACAGUAACGGCAACAGAUCCACGAGCACCACCGUCAGCAGCAACUACAAGGCCCACUAUGACGCACUCCAAAAGCCCGACAGUCCCGGCCCUCGCUUCUUCCGCCUCGAACCCAUCCUCCCCUUCCUCUCCUCGCGGAUCUACUACAUCCGCAACGCGAAGAUGUCGCAACUCUUCAACGAGGGCAACGAGCUGUUGGACGAGAUGCCGCGGGGCCAUAUCGCGAGUCUUGUCAUGGCCUCGGGACUUUUAGGCAUGGCGGCCGCCAGAUUGUCGGUUGGCGUGAAGAGGGAAGAAGGCGUUGUCGAGUUCAGUCUCAAUGAAUAA